CGAGGCUAUGUGAGUGUAACAUACUAAAGUCGUUGCGGCGGCCAUUUUGGACGCUAUUACACGCCCCGCCCUGACUGUUUUUUUUUUGUUGCCCGUACUCUUGUAGUUUGUACUAGUGGCAGUAGAAGCCGUUUCCAAAGGGGGAGUGCAAAGCAGUGGCCCCCCUCCAUAAGCCCCCAUAGGCAAGCAGAAACGACGGCCGUCCUAUAGUUGCAUCUGGCGCCGUGGCCCCAAUAGGACGCAAUUCUUUGACUUGUGAGACUCGUCGAAUAGCCGACGCAGCAGCAAAAAAAAAAAAAAAAAAAAGAAACAAAAUAACGAAAACAAAAAUUGCAGAAAAAGAGAGAGAACAAAUAAAGCGCGACAUCUUAUUGCCGAACGUAAGAGGCGAACAACAACAAAACAUUUGAACGAGACCUUCUGGCUCAAGUUCCGGACACUUACCAUCAAAAUUAUUGAAGAAAAAGAAAGAGUAACGGAGCGCAAUCGGCUGGCCAUAUAAACGAGCCUGCUGUUUCCUACCCAAACACAAUCAAGAAAGCCUGUUACAACUUACUUUACCGUGUUUUCGCAGCAGCAAACACAUUUUCCAUCCAUCCAUCCCAUUUGUAACCAUUACGCGCUUGUUUCAAACACCGUCGAGUGGCGCUAGCGUGUCCUCCAUUGCCCCGAGAUCCGCAGAACAAGUGGGCGUAGCCAUCCAUCAAAGUACAGCAAAAGCUCCUCCCCUCAUCCCACCCCCAACUCGGUUCUCGUGCCCAUCAUGAUGGUUGUGGCUGCCGCAGAGCGCAGGCCCGGCCCGCGGCCGCAAAGCCAUUAGGAGGGUUCGUGUAGAAACGACUGCGACGCUCAUUGGUUCUUCGCAUCCGACCCCCCCCCCUCGCCAAGAGAGGGAGAGAAACCCCUCCUUCUCUUCGACUACGACUACUACAACAACUACGACUACUCAUACCCCCAUUAUAGAGGCCUCCGUGUCUUUGCCCAGCACCCUUUUGUGAGUCCCGCGCACGGCGAACGGCUUUAGUUGAUCGCUAUCAGCAGACUUCGACGCAACCGCGUGCCAAGCGCCUCUCUCUUUCUCUAGCAUCCAACCUGGAACGUAAGAAGCGCGGGAGAGUGUGAGUCCCAUUUGAAUUUAAGAAAAAAGAAUUCAGUGCUAUCUAUUUUCUAAACACAUCUGGUAGCCUGGAAAAAGAAACACAUCAGUCGAAUAAUUCAGUGUUCUCUGGCGCUUCCUCCUCAGUGCAAUCGCAACGGAACCAAGUCCCGGGCUUUAACGUUCCAACGGGACGAAAGUCCCUAACUCUUUUUUUUUUUCCCUUCUCCCUUUUAAGUGUGUGUGUGAUUGGUGUGUUCCAAUAAAGUGCAAACGACAUAACAACGUGUGGACAGUCACAUUUUUGCUACGUCGAAAAUGAUGAACUCGUAUUUCGAACAAUCCGGUUUCUACGGCGGUCACGGACAAACGGGAGCCGAACAGGCGUAUCGGUUCCCGCUGGGUUUGGGAGUCAACCCGUACGGCCCGCCGUCCGGAGGCGUGACGCGCCAAGUCGACUCGUACGACCAGUCGUCGGCGGCAGCAGCGGCGGCGGCAGCAGCGGCAGCUUCGUGCAAACUCUACGAGCAACAGUACAAAUUGGACUGCAGCAAGGCCGACCAGAACGGCUACAGUUCGACGGGCAUCGUCAAAUCCGACAACAAUUCGGCCAUCAGUUCAUGGGCGGCGGCAGCGGCUGCAGCGGCCGCCGUGGCCGGAGCAACCCAACAGGGAGGAGUCAACGACCGAGGUGUCGGAGUGGGUUCCGUUGGUCACGGACACAAUAACAUCAACAAUCGUGGGGUGGGCGGCGGCGGCGGCAUUGUCGGAGGCGGCGGCGGUUAUCCGGGCGUCGCGUCCAACGUCUCGGGCGGCGUAGGAGUCGGCCCCGAGGCCGCCGUCAGCGCCGUCACCCCCCGUUCGGCCGGCCCCAAUUCGGUCGGUCCCAACAACAACCCGUGGAGCCCGUGCUCUCUCAACGCCACGACGGCCGUCCAAGCGCCCGUGUCGCAACACGGCGGAGGCGUCAUCUCGCAGCACAACACGCAACACUCGCAACAACAUCAACACAACUCGGUACAACAGCACAACCACAACACGGCCAACCAGCACGCCAUCAGCCAGCAGCAGUCACCCCAGAGUCAAUCGUCCGCCCAUACCUUCUACCCCUGGAUGGCCAUCGCCGGUGCCAAUGGACUUCGGCGUCGCGGUCGUCAGACGUACACCCGCUACCAGACGCUGGAACUGGAGAAAGAGUUCCAUACGAAUCACUACCUGACGAGAAGAAGGCGGAUCGAGAUGGCUCACGCCCUGUGCCUGACGGAGCGCCAAAUCAAAAUUUGGUUCCAAAACCGGCGCAUGAAGCUCAAGAAAGAGAUCCAGGCCAUCAAGGAGCUCAACGAGCAGGACAAAGCGACGCACACCAAAGGCGGAAGCUCCAACUCGUCCACCGCGUCUACCACGCCCAACGGAGGAGAUUGAGAACAAAAACAUUACUAGAAAAUGCAAACAGCUAAAUCAAAUCAUCUCCUUCCCUCCCCCCCUCCAAAAAAAAUCCUUACUCCCACGAUUUUCUUCUUUAACUUUCCUUCAAUAUUUUCUUACCCCUUUUGCAAAGAACAAAUUAUGUUUUUUUUUUCCUUCUUCCUGUCCCACUAUCCCCAUCCCUGCAUACCUCACUCAAGUUUGCCACACAACCAAAGCUUCGUUUUUUUUAGUAUCUUUUGAUUCAAACAUCAUUCGUCGCAGUGCAUCGUCAAACCUUUUAAAGGUAAGCCUCGUUCGCAAUUGUCUCAUUUUUCUCUUCAUUUUUCUAUCUCGCUCGAAUCACUAUCGCGUAUGAAAAAAAUGUAGUAUUAUUGUUGUUUCUUUUUCUUUUGUCUGAGCGCGCACAACAUUUUAUGUUGCACACGUUAAACAUUAUCCCUACCCCCCCCCCCCCCCCCCCCCCCCAGAGUCAGCCGAGGGCGCCCUUUGAUAUUGUGACAGACGAGACGCACAUACAAAUUCAAUGUAUACGUAUUUCAAACAAAAACAAAAGUAUUUUUUUUUUCCCUUUUUUCUUUCGAUUCAGUUCACUUCAUAUAUAUCAUGUAGCGGGAAUACAACUACGAAC